AUGGAAAGAUCCAAUCAAGGUCCCUUGCAAGACCUUACAAAUCGUGUAAAUCAAGCUCCACUAAAGAAAAGAAGACGCGUUGAGAAAACACCAAAAAGACGCGUUAGGGAUACAUACACUUAUGAUAAAUCUGAUUUAGUUAAAAUUAAUGGUGAUGGUACUAAAAGUAUUGAGGAAAAUGAUUUUUUCAACAGAAGAACUUGUAUUCAUUCAAGUAAUAUCAUUGACAUUAUGAAGGAUAUUUAUAUAAAUUUGAAGAAUAACGUAGGUGAAGAAUGGACUAACUUUAAAAGAAUGAUUGUUGACAAAACGGAAAUGUCAAACUUUGAAGAUUUGGAUUUUGUUAAUUAUAUCAAAGGGUUGGACAAUCUUAUUGUUGACAAAGUGAAUAAUUCUCCUCAUAAACGAAGAAUUUUUACACCAACAUUUUUACCAGGAGAAACUGAAAAUUAUAGAAUGAUUUUUGAUAGACUCAAGAGUGAACAUAGUAUUAUUAAAAAGGACAACAAAUGGGUUCAUGAUACCACAAAUCUCAAAUUGGGAGAUUGUGUAUUUGAUGAUGCGGUAACCAAUCAAUUGAUUUUAGCGACCAAUGCCGCAUUGAGACUUUUGAAUAAUCCAAUAAAAGCCCCAUGGAACCUAGUAAAGAAUGAAUUACAGGAUACUUGUUUUUCACACCUUACCCCACUUCAAUUGAAAGAUCGUGUCAAAGUUUUGAUAAGAGAAUUGUAUGUUAUUAAAGUAGGGUUGGUUUAUCAACACAAAUUUAUUGAUGGAAAAAUGGUUAAAUUUACAAUCGAGGAAUUGGAUGAAAUUUCAAACAACAUGGGAGUAAAAAGAGAUGUGACUGCUACAGUACAAACGACGGCUCUCAACCCUAAUGGAUAUAGAAUUUUAGACAGGGCUGUUGAAGGUUGGGGGUUUGAGGCGUAUCAAAAGAUUUACAACAAAUUAAAUGAUCAAGAUUUACCGCAAGAUUGGAAGAAUUUCAAAAAUGCCUUUUUAGGAUCAAAUUACGACAAUAUAACGGAUAUGGAAUUUCUUGAUUUCAAAAAUCAAUUGGAUCAAUUUAUUUUAGAUAGUAUGAACAAAUUGAAGUCGAACAAAAGACAAAUUUGGUCAAACAUUGAUCUACCAGACCCAAUUUCUAUAUUCAAAUUAAUAUUCAAUCGUUUACAAGCUGGUCAAUUUAUAGAUAAUGUGGGAACAAAUUGGGUUAGAAAUUCUAAAUCUGAUGAUGAUUUUAACCAGGUUGACUUUGCUUUGUCAUCAAAAUUGUUAGAAAUGGUUAAUUUCAGCAGAUCUAAACAAUUUAGAUCAGAAAACGGAGCUAUUAAUAAUAGAAUCAAGUGGGAUUUGAUUUUGCCAUUGAUUAAGACUGGUGCUUACAGUGGAUAUGCGGAUGAAAUAAUUAGAAAUUUAUGGAGCUUUUUGAUCAGAGAGGACCUAGUGCAUUUAGUUGAAGGUAAAUAUGAAUUUACUAAGAUAUUGGUUAAUACUAGCAACGAAGCUCAAUCAAGUGUAUCUGAAGUCGAUGCUACUAUACUUGCUCAAGAUAAUGAAGUUUUGGAUGGUGUUGAAGAUCCAGAAAUUUUAUCAGAUGAAGAGAUAACUGACUCAGAUCAAGUGGAAGGGGAAGAUUUUUAUGAUCAAGAAAUUUAUGAUGAUAAUGUCGAGCAUGGUGAGUCUGAAAAUCAGUUCAGUUUUCGUGGCAUAAACUUCAAGAUUAGAACAACUCCAAUAAUCAACAAACCUAGUAGAAAACUUAAAAAACCUGAGAUGGGUGCAUUGUUGGAAUUAUUGAAUACACCUCAUGAAGUGGAAAAUCGGAAAAAUCUUGUGGAAACUUUUGGUAAGUCGUUGGAGCCCCCUUUUAAUCAUUUGUGGGAUUCUUUUAAUCAAAGAGUCGAGAAAGGCACAAUUAGAGUAGAUGAAGAUGGUAAAUGGAUAUAUUUUAAAGGAGUAGUUGCAGACUUCGAUUUUUGGGAUUACGCUGACACUGAAAAACUAGUCGAAUUAUGUGAAACUGAACUUUCGGUUUAUGGGGUCAUCAAUUUCCACAGAGUUGCUGAUAACUUCCAGAAUAAAGAUGCAAAAAAUUGCCGUGAUAAGUACAUUGCAGUCAAAGCUAAAGAAGGACCUAUUAGUAACGAUGAAUUGGAAAGCUUAUGCGAUAUAUUACAUGAAUUCAAAGGUAAAAGUAACAUCAAUUAUUCGGAUAUUGGUAGAUUGUUGGGUCUCAGAACAGGAGUCUUUAGAAGUAGCGGGCAAUUAAGCAAGUACGUCAAUAAUUAUUUGAUUCCAGCUGCCAAAGAACUUAAUGACUCCUAA